CUCCUAAUUCUCCACAUCAACUUAUAACCUGCGCAAGCAUCGCCAUGCUGCGCAUUCCCGUACAGCGCGCCAGCAGCCGCAUCCUUUGCGGUAGCUGUGGCGCUCGAUCAAACUUCUCCACAGCAGCGAGAGCUUCAGCAACGUCAUUGGUGUCGAAGAGACGAUGCAUAGCCCUGACUUCUCAAUUGCAACAAGCUCGCCGCUAUGCGAUCGCCGCCGAAGACACAAACAAAGGAGUUGAUCCGAACGACUCCUUCCUUCAGGGAAAUACAGCAAACUAUGUCGAUGAAAUGUAUAUGCAAUGGAAGCAAGAUCCUUCGAGCGUCCAUAUAUCGUGGCAAGUAUAUUUCAGGAACAUGGAAAAUGGUGACAUGCCAGUGUCACAAGCCUUUCAGCCUCCGCCCACCAUAAUGCCGGCCCUCCAUGGAGGUACUGGACCACAGUUCUCUCCAGGCAUGGGAAUGCAGACUGGACAGGGCGAUGAUACCAUGAACCAUCUCAAAGUCCAACUUCUAGUUCGCGCUUAUCAAGCCCGAGGUCAUCACAAGGCUAAUAUCGAUCCUCUGGGCAUUCGUACAGAGGCGGAGCAGUUCGGAUACAAACGACCGAAAGAGCUGGAACUGUCUCAUUACAACUUCAAAGAAUCGGAUCUCGACCAGGAAUUUGCGCUAGGUCCUGGUAUUCUUCCGGCAUUUAAGAACGAAAGCCGCGAAAAGAUGAAGCUGAGGGAUAUCAUUGCAGCUUGCGAGAGGCUUUACUGUGGUUCGUACGGCAUAGAAUACAUUCACAUUCCGGAUAGAGAGCAUUGCGAUUGGUUGCGUGCCCGAGUGGAGAUUGAGCAGCCCUACAAAUAUUCAGUCGACGAGAAGAGACGAAUCCUAGAUCGUCUAAUUUGGGGCACUAGUUUCGAAUCCUUUUUGGCCACAAAGUAUCCCAACGACAAGCGCUUUGGUCUUGAAGGUGGAGAGAGUUUGAUUCCUGGGAUGAAAGCUCUUAUUGACCGAAGUGUCGACUAUGGUGUUAAGGACAUCGUCAUUGGAAUGCCUCAUCGUGGUCGAUUGAACGUUUUGAGUAAUGUCGUUCGUAAGCCCAACGAAUCUAUCUUCAGCGAGUUCGCUGGCUCUGCCGAUCCAGCCGACGAAGGUUCGGGCGAUGUCAAGUACCAUCUGGGAAUGAACUUUGAACGACCCACGCCGUCUGGAAAGCGUGUCCAACUCUCCCUGGUAGCCAACCCAUCGCAUCUGGAGGCUGAGGACCCAGUGGUUCUUGGCAAGACCCGAGCCAUAUUGCACUACAACAAGGACGAGAAGGAAGCCAAGACUGCCAUGGGAGUACUACUGCACGGUGAUGCUGCCUUUGCCGGCCAGGGUAUCGUCUACGAGACGAUGGGCUUCCACACUCUACCAUCGUACCAUACUGGCGGUACUAUCCAUAUCAUCGUCAACAAUCAGAUUGGUUUUACUACUGAUCCUCGCUUUUCUCGUUCCACUCCAUACUGCUCAGACAUCGCCAAGGCUAUUGACGCACCUGUGUUUCAUGUCAAUGGCGACGAUGUAGAGGCUCUUAACUUCGUUUGCCAGCUAGCUGCAGACUACCGUGCUGAGUUCAAGAAAGAUGUUGUUAUUGACAUGGUCUGCUACCGUAAGCAGGGUCACAACGAGACCGACCAGCCGUUCUUUACUCAACCGCUCAUGUAUCAACGCAUUGCAAAACACAAGCCCGCCCUAGACACUUAUGAGAAGAAGCUUCUUGAGGAGAAGACCUUCACUAAGGAAGACAUUGAUGAGCACAAGGCUUGGGUAUGGGGCAUGCUGGAAGAAAGUUUUAACAGAAGCAAAGAUUACACACCUACUGCGAAAGAGUGGCUUACAUCUGCGUGGAACGGCUUCAAGUCACCAAAGGAGCUUGCUACUGAAGUACUGCCUCAUCUACCUACUGCCGUCGAUGAGAGCGUACUGAAGGAAAUUGCUGCGAAGAUUGGAGGUGCUCCUGAAGGUUUUGCUGUCCAUCGCAAUCUCAAGCGUAUCUUGGCAGGUCGUGCAAAGACAGUGACUGAAGGCAAAAACAUUGAUAUGCCUACGGCUGAGGCACUCGCAUUCGGUUCGCUUGUGCUAGAUGGCCAUCACGUACGAGUUUCUGGACAGGAUGUAGAGCGUGGUACUUUCUCUCAGCGACAUGCUGUACUGCACGACCAAGAGACAGAAAAUACGCACACCCCACUGCAGAACUUGAGCGACGACCAAGCCACAUUCGUCAUUUCCAACUCCUCUUUGAGCGAGUUCGGUGUCCUCGGAUUCGAGUAUGGUUAUUCUCUAUCGUCACCAAAUGCACUUGUCAUGUGGGAGGCUCAAUUCGGCGACUUUGCUAACAAUGCACAAUGUAUCAUCGAUCAGUUCGUUGCAUCAGGUGAAGUCAAAUGGCUUCAGCGCAGCGGUUUGGUCAUGAGUUUGCCUCACGGAUACGAUGGUCAAGGCCCAGAGCAUUCUUCAGGUCGUAUGGAACGAUACCUCCAGCUAUGUAACGAGGAUCCGCGCAUCUUCCCAGCCGAAGACAAAAUCGUCCGUCAACACCAAGACUGCAAUAUGCAGAUCGCGUACCUCACCAAGCCAUCGAACAUGUUCCACAUUCUUCGACGACAGAUGAAUCGCCAAUUCCGCAAACCUCUCAUCCUAUUCUUCAGCAAGAAUCUACUCCGCCACCCUAUGGCCCGCUCGGAUAUCAGUGAAUUCACCGGCGAGUCCGGCUUUCAAUGGAUCAUCCCUGAUCCUGCGCAUGAGACCGGCGAUAUCGAUGCGCACGACUCCAUAAGUCGGGUCAUUCUAUGCUCUGGCCAAGUAUACACUGCGCUUGCCAAACAUCGUGAACAAGAGGGCCGCAAGGACAUCGCAAUUACCCGAAUUGAGCAGCUACAUCCGUUCCCAUGGGAGCAGCUGAAGGAGAACCUUGACAGUUACCCGAACGCGAAGACCAUUGUAUGGGCCCAAGAGGAGCCGCUAAACGCCGGUGCAUGGAGCUUCACUCAGCCAAGAAUUGAGACGCUAUUAAACCAGACGAAGUACCACAACCGACGCCACGUCAUGUAUGCUGGAAGAAACCCCAGCGCCAGUGUGGCAACUGGUUUGAAGAGCGUGCAUACAAGGGAGGAGAAGGAGCUGCUGGAGCAUGCAUUUAACGUUACACAAGACAAGCUCAAGGGCGAGUAAAAGUUAAUGGAGAUCAUCAUGUGUGUAUAUGUAUUAAUUUCUCGUGGGUUAUGGUUAUCUCAUUCUGUGUCAAUGGGGAUGGGAUUUCCGAGUCGUCUUGAAAGCAAGGCGAAGAUUUAACUUGAGAUAAGUUUGAAUGCAUGUAGCAUCAGUAGCGACGUUUUUCAAAAAUGGGUUUGUUCUAAGGCCUAUGCGGGAUGAAGAUCUGAUUCUUUGAGCACCCUUUUCAUCAGACAAUUUUGCGUGGAUCUUGUACGUCGGGUAUUGUGCAUCAUUUUAAAUUAUAGAGUACUAAUUUAAACACUCCCCUUCGUCUCGAAUAUUUAGUACAUACUAG